AUGAAGGCUAUCGGCGGCGACAGGCUCGUCCUGAUUGACUGCUACGCCACCUGGUGCGGUCCCUGCAAGGCCAUCGCCCCCGUCGUCGACAAGCUCAGCGAGGAGCACUGCGCGGAAGUCGAUUUCUACAAGGUCGAUGUCGAUGAGUGCUCUGAGGUUGCUGCCGAGCUAGGCGUCAGAGCCAUGCCUACUUUCUUCUUCUUCAAGGGCGGCGAGAAGCUCGACUCCGUUGCCGGUGCUGCUGAGGGACCCAUCGUUGCUGCCCUCGCCCGACUCAAGUAA